AUGAAAUCCCAAAUUCUCGUCGCUGCUCUGGGACUCAUCUCCUCAGCUUCUGCUGCUCCUUCUUCUUCAAUCGAGGCACGUGUUGCAGGAGCUCCCAUCGGAUACGGAGCAGCAACAACUGGAGGUGCUGGAGGAAUAACAACCACUGUCACUACUUGUGCCGCUCUUAUCACUGCUGUUGACAAGAAGUCUGUAGCUAAGAGAAUCGUUUACAUUGAUGGCCUACUCACCGGCUGCGGCAUUGUUGAUGUCGGCAGCAAUGUUUCCAUCUUUGGAAAGGGUGCUAAAUCUGGUAUCAAAGACGCCGGUUUCCGCGUUCGCAAGAACACCAAUGUCAUCUUCCAGAACUUGUCUCUGGGCCCUGCCCCUCCAAAGGGUGAUGUUCUGGCCAUUGACGAGUCAACAAAAAUCUGGAUUGAUCACAAUGACUUCAUCUCUCAUGGUCUUACCGGUGGCAAGGAUGACUACGAUGGACUUCUAGAUGUUUCCCACGCCGCUGAUGAUGUUACCAUCUCAUGGAACAAGUUUGGCGGACACUGGAAGGGCUCCCUAGUCGGUCACUCCGACAACAACGCCGCACAGGAUACCGGCAAACUUCACGUCACCUACCACCACAACCAGUGGUCUCAAGUCAACUCCCGUCUCCCAUCUGUUCGAUUUGGAACCGUCCAUGUCUACAACUCCCACUACCUUGGCACUGAUACUUCUGGUGUCAACUCCCGCAUGGGUGCUCAAGUGUACGUUGAGGCCAACGUCUUCGACAACACCAACCUCGCAAUGGUCACCGACCUCGAUUCCAAGCUUCCAGGUUCUAUCUGUGACGUCAACAACAUCCUCACUGGCACAUCCACCAAACGUAUCACCCAAACCUGUACACUCAAGAUCCCAUACGCAUACACUGCCGAGAAGGCCAGCACUGUUGCUGUUUCGGUUGCCAGCGGCGCUGGUGUCGGAAAGGUUUCUCCAUAA